CAAGCAUACUCUAUAGGUCCAUGCGAAGCGAAGCGCUAAAUUUUAGAGAUGGGACGCGCAAAUAAACAUCCCCACUCAUCCACCAAGCUUGUGUAGCUAUACAACCUCCACUGUCCAGCUAUGGAGGCCAUCCAAGAGAAACACCAGGGUCUGAUCUCCGGCCUAACGAAGUUGUACAACCUACUCAUCUCCAUGCACUACAUCUACCCUGGCGAUGUCAUUUAUCUCCCGCAAACCGAAUCGAUGAUCGACGUACAGCGCCUGCACACCUCGGGUUCAACGGCGAGGUCAUUGAGGCUGCCAAAGUACUGCCUGUAUUACGCCACGGCGUCGUGUGGGGUUCGGGGGAUGUCCACACCGAAAUCGGACCCGAGAGUCGGGCAGUAAACUACUUCAAGCAUAGCCACGAUGCCGCUGCACCUGGUAUCGACGACAACAUAAUGGAUAGCCUGCGGAGCCGCCACUUCCUAGGAGAUGAUGAACUGCCGUUGUGGCUACUAAGAAUCUCCACAGAGGG